AUGCAUUUUUUCAAGUUAUUCAGCGCCGCAUCGCUUGUAGUAUCCGCCAAGGCUGCAAAAGUACUAAUUUGUUCUGAUAGCACGACUGCUAAUUAUGCCUCGGGAGAUCCUCUACAAGGUUGGGGCUUUUAUCUCGAAGAUUACUUGAGCUUGACUGUUUCGAAUCUGGCGAGAAAUGGUCGCUCUACCAGGUCUUUUAUCAAUGAAGGGCUAUGGAGCGCCUUACUAUCGAGCACGGCCAAAGACGACAUAGUUAUCAUUGAAAUGGGCCACAACGAUGAUGGUGACCCCAAAACAUCCGAUCGUGCCACUCUAGCUGGAAUCGGUGAAGAGACUGUUACUGUCACCACAACAACAGGCGCAACCGAAGUCGUUCACACAUUCGGUUGGUACCUUCGCAAAAUGAUUGGCGAUGUCAAGGCUAAGGGAGCUACGCCAAUCAUUUCUGGUAUGGUCAACCGGAACUAUUGGACUGGUAGCACGCUACAGUCGAAAUGGCCCUUUGCAGAUGCUGCUAAAAGUGUGGCUAAAGCUAGCGGAGUCGAAUUCAUCGACCAUACCAAGUAUUCGGUCGCUUUGUUUCAGUCUUUUGGUCCCGACAAGGCCAAAUCUUACUUUCCCAAAGAUAACACUCACACUAACUGGGACGGGGCCAAGCUUAACACGCAGAGCUUUAUCCAGGCGGUCAAGAACAAGUGCGACGGCACUAGUAAGCUGAGAGCUUACAUCAACCCUACUGGCAAUGCUAUCAAGACUCCACCCAAGCAAUCUUCUUCUCAAGUCAAGAACAUUCUAUACGGCUAA